AAUAACUGCAUGAAUUAUUAACUCGAGCAGUUCCGGCGUGCACGAAUCGUGGUGUGUUUGGCAGCACGGCGAUAUUUUGGUGUUUACCAUCAGCGCAAUGACAUUGGCAAGCCGGACAUCAGCUGACCGCACGCAGCGCGUUUUCCUAUCCUGUACUUCCCACGGCAAGAGUUAUUUACGCUUUGUCUGCCACACUCAUAUUCAUCACAUUCCAAUCCAAAACCCGUUCUAAGCACGAUGAAUCAGGAAGAUUUGUACUGGUUUACGUUCAUUCUUGUUACACUACUCGGAUUCUUUACCUACAAACUACUUACACGCCAUCGUUCGUACUUUCGACUGUUGCGCGUUCCCUUCGAAAAGCCACACUUUCUUUAUGGCAAUCUGGACGAUGUGCUGAGCGGCAAGCUGACAACGAUGGAGAAGAUUGAACAGUUCUAUCGAAAAUUUUCCAGCCAUGGAUUGUUCGGGUUCUUCAAUUACAUGACACCGGCACUGUACGUGCGCGAUCCUGCACUAAUAGGGCAGAUGCUACAGCCCAAUAUGCAUCAUUUCGAAAGCCAUGGCUAUUUUCUAGACGAAGCAAAGGAUCACUUUCUCGGCAGUCAGCUUCAUCUCGUAAAAAAUGCCGAUAAGGCCUCGAAGUUGGCUUCAUUCGUGGCACCCAUUUUCCGCAAUCCAAACAUCCUUUCUACGGCGGAUAAAACUUCGCAGAAGUGUUGCACCGCACUGAUGGAUUUUAUAACGUCACGCGUCGAGCUAGAGUUGGAGUUGAAGGCUAUUUUUCUGAAGCACACACUGAACAUGUUUGCCGCGAUAGCGUUCGGCAAGGAUUUGAACACAUUCCAAGACGAUACGGAUCGGUUCUGUGCCGUGGCUAGCGGGAUGGCUUACGGCACCAAUCCGGUACAGGUGAUUAAAACGAUGGCAUUCUACUUGGCGCCGGGACUGAUGCGAAGCGCUGGCGUACAGUUUACCGACCGGCAGGAAAUUGAGUUCCUCGUCAAGCAAUACCAUACUGCCGCAUCCACGCCCAGCACACAUUCGGUAGCACACUGCCUAAGCCAGGCUAAUGACAAAUUGAAAACAACUCUGCAACUAACGGACGAACAACUGACCGCACAGUGUGCCACCUUUUUUACGAAAGGGUUCGAACCUACGCUUAAUUUACUGUCGUUUGCGGCUUACGAGCUGGCCCAAAGCUUGGACGUGCAGCGAAAACUUUACGACGAAAUGUCCCACCAUGGUCUUACAGCCAAUAGCUCUACCGGUGUACCGCCGUACGAGAGUAUCCGAUCGUUGCCCUACCUAGAAGCGAUCGUACUUGAAACGCUUCGCAAAUGGCCCCCACAUCCACUGUUGGUUCGGGAGUGUACCAAACCAUUCAACAUUCCGGCCACCGAGAACGGCGAUCGCGCUUCCAUCCCGAUGAAGGUGGGUGACAAAUUGUACGUAUCCGUGUGGGCACUGCACCGAAAUGCGGACUACUUUCCACAGCCGGAACAAUUCAAUCCGGAACGGUUUUUGAGCGGGAAUGCACCACGUCCGAACACAUUCAUACCGUUCGGCAUUGGCCGAGGCUGUGUAGGGCAGGAGUUUGUUAAGCUGGUAGUAAAGGUCACACUGGUUGCUCUGGUACAAAGGUUUAAGCUUAAACCCGGAGAGCGUACAUCGGAUCCUAUAAAGCUAAUCGAAUCGGCCUCCUCACUUGAAGCACGCGAUGGCUUUUGGAUACGCCUGGAGCCGCGAGUGUAGUGACGUGCAGAUACAGUAUUUCCAAAUAGAUUUUAAUCUUUACACCUUAGCAUAGAAAGUGAAA